AUGAAUAUUACUGGGUUUAACCAAACUGAUGGGUGUCUUCCUUAUGUCUGUUCAGAGAGAUCUGUAUCUACUGCAGUUUAUGUGUUACUGUAUAUCUGUGCAGCUGCUGUAGUUCUGCUAACAGUGUUUGGAAAUCUGCUCAUCAUUAUCUCUGUUUGUCACUUUAAGCAGCUCCACACUCCAACUAACAUGCUCAUCCUCUCUCUGGCUGUAUCAGACUUUCUGGUUGGAUCUUUUGUGAUGCCGAUGUUAUUAAUCUGGACGAUUGAAUCGUGUUGGAUUUUUAAGAGAGUUUAUUGUAUUUUUUUUCUUCUGACGUCCUACUUUUUUACAAGCACAUCCAUUUAUAGCAUCGCUCUGAUUGCUGCUGAUCGUUACUUUGCUCUUUCUAAUCCAUUUAUUUACACUGAAUCAGUUUCUGUGAACACAAUGUGUGUUGUGGUUUUAUGUAGCUGGUUUAUAUUGCUGGUAUAUAUUUUAGCACUCUUAUACUUCAAUAUACCAGUUGUAAAAUUAUUGAUGUGUCCUGGAGACUGCUUUUUAUUAUUAGAUGAGAUCUGGUCUCUAGUUGACCUUGUGGUAACAUUUGUCUUUCCUUUUACUGUUAUAAUUGUACUGUAUGUUCUCAUUUUUAUUAUUGCCAAAAAACAUGCCACUGCUAUCAGAGAGCUUAAUGCUCAAACACGGACUCAGACAUCAGGAAAUACAUCAGAGUCAGUAUCAGAGAGAAAAGCAGCGAGAGCUGUUACUACUUUAAUAUUUGUGUUUAUGGCUUGUUUAUUUCCUUAUUUUGUUUACACAUUGUUAGGAGAUUCUGUUGCAUUUGAAUCACUUCAAGAUGUCACAAUCUUUCUUUAUAUUAAUUCUGCUAUUAAUCCUGUUGUUUACGCUUUGUUUUAUCCAUGGUUUAGGAAGUGUGUUAAAUUAACUUUAACACUACAAAUAUUGAAAACAGAUUCUGCACUGAUGAAUGUGCUUUCAUGAAAAGAAAUGGGUGUUUAUA